AUGUUCGCAAUGCAUGGUCCAGGCUUACAGGCUUCUUCAAGGCAUGAAGGACUUGAUGAUAUAAUCAUGCAACUACAAACAAAAUUGGAUGAGGUGCUGCAGCAUAUGAGAAGGACCAGCCCAAAUGACCAGACUCACGAUACCGAGCUGGACGCAUUGCUUCUUCAGACCGCACAGAAGGUAGACACCUGCCAAGCUACGAUUGCAGGAAAAGACACUCCGCGACAAAGACCCGACGGCGGUGGGUCAGAUUCACAGCUUCUUACGCUGGAUUUGCCCACCGCUUCGCCCUCAUUCACACCUGAUGAGCUCCUCGUCCUUGACGAAAGCACAGCAGAACCUACACCUUCCAUUCCCUUCUCGGGGGAUCAAGCACUCGAGUUGAUUGAAUCCUUUCGUUUCGAGGCUAACUGCUUCUAUCCGUUCAUCCCAUUUAACAACUUAACUUCGCUGGCUAGUAUCGUGAUGGAACCUGUCAACGGCGCUCAUGACUUCAGUUUAAAUGCCGAGUCCGAAGACUGGGAUGACAUGGUUGACAAUCGGAAUACAGAUAUGCUCAAAAUAGUUCUAGCAUGCGCACUCGCAUCGAGGUUGAAGAAGGAGACUGAAGAUAGCCGUUCUAUGAUGUGUAGCGUCUCGGAGAAACUCACCAUUAGAUUGAGUCGACCCAACUUUGAUACCAAGGACAUAGCCCUUGCAGCCUUACUGAGUGUCUAUCAUCUUCAAUGCGACGAGACCGUCUUGGCUUGGAGGAAAAUCAGUAUUGUGGCAAAGAUGUGUCAAGAACUGGGACUCCAUAAAUCAACAAAGGAGCAUCCUCAAUGGGUCACGCGGAUGUUCUGGUGUAUCUAUGUCCUCGAUAAACGAUUCAGCUUUAUGGUCAACCUUCCUUUCACUCUUCAAGAUUCAGAAAUCGAGCACGUUUGCCCUGAAUAUGACGAUUGUCUAAAGUACAUUUCGCCAUUGAUUAAAUAUGUUCGCAUCGCGGCCCGAUUUGUGCCGACGAUGCCGAAGCUGGGAACCAGUUACAUAGAGCUGGAAGCCUCGACCCGCACUUCCAUCGAUAUCGAGGCCGAUCAAUGGGCAAUCUCAACCUCAAUCAGCACCUCACCCAACGCUCACUACACAAAAGCCGACGAAGCCCAAUUCCAUAAAUCCUUCGUCACAGUUUGCAGAAACCAAUUAAAAAUCGGUCUUUACAAGCACAUCCUCUUCUCCCUUCCCAGCAUCGCCCAAAACGCUCUUCUCUCGCACAAAGCAGUUUUCACCGCAUCCGAGACAAUCCAAUCUUGCUUCCAGCUGCAGAAAUCCACACCCAUGUAUCAUUUGCAAGCAGUGCAUUUCAACUUUUUCGUGCUUUCGGCGGUGGCGGUGCUGUAUUUGGCGGUUAGGCAUGCACCGCUGGAGUUUGGCGAUACUCCGAGGGAGAUCUUCACGGGGCUUGAGAUUUUGAGGCCGUAUUGUACGUCCGGUCGAUUGUGUGAGCGGGUUCAGGCGCUAGAUAAGGCCAUGAGGAGACUGGGGUACGAUGGGAUGGGAAUUGGUCCGCAACUGGCUUUGAAUGAGAGUCCGGAAAUUCUGUAUUCGGUGGGAUGUGACUGGGCGGAAGAAAUGCAAGAAAGCGAGCAAUUGAUGGGUCAUAUCCCACGACUGGAAUCUUUCUCUCCUUCGCAGUCCCAAGCUCAAGCCGACCCUUGGAAUGACGGGACAUGGGUCGAAAGCUCAACACCUGCAUCACGUCUGUGGCACCCAUGGGAAAACUAA